GUAUUCACCCUAACGUCAAAGAUAAGCUUAAUGUUAAGAUCUAUGUAAUAAAAUUAAUUAAUGUUGCACAUUUUACGUAUUUCUAAAUUCAGUUAGAUUUAAACAAAGUGAUAGAUCAAUAAUAUUCGAAAUAUAAUAAAAAGUAAACGUAUACUUAAAAUUCAAACAUGUUUUAAAAUUAAAUUCAGUGUUUCCGUAUCCUGUUUUUUCCCCUUCUACUAAGAAGCAGAUCUUUAUGUGUUAUUGAAGCUUGUGGUGUUUUGUGAUACAUUUGAUAUGUUGUUUGAUGUUAUUACUUAAACUUGGAAUAAUAAAAGGACUACAGACUAAAACAGCAAUUAAGAAAAAUGAAAAUGGAGUGGACACCUCAAGAAGAAGGCUUACGAGAAAUUUUAACACUUUUGAAAGAGUCUCAGUCGCCGGACACAGCUACUCAGAGAGCUGUUCAGCAGAAACUAGAACAGCUCAACAAAUAUCCUGAUUUUAAUAAUUAUUUAAUGUUUGUAUUGACAAAACUAGUGUCUGAAGAUGAACCUACUCGAUCUCUAAGUGGCUUAAUACUUAAGAAUAAUGUAAAAUCGCAUUUUGAUAGCCUAGUUCCAAGUGUAGCAAACUUCAUAAAACAAGAAUGUUUGCAAGCUGUGGGAGAUCCAUCACCUCUUAUACGAGCAACUGUAGGAAUAUUAAUUACUACUAUUGCGAGCAAAGGGGAUUUAUCGAAAUGGCCUGAGCUUUUGCCAUCAUUGUGUAAUAUGUUAGACUCACAAGAUUAUAAUGUUUGUGAAGGUGCAUUUGGGGCUUUACAAAAAAUCUGCGAAGACACCGCUGAGGCCUUAGAUGCGGACACAGUUAACCGCCCUUUAGAAAUACUUAUUCCGAAGUUUCUUCAAUUUUUUAGUCAUUCCAGUUCAAAAAUUCGUUCAUAUGCUAUUGGAUGUGUUAAUCAAUUUAUAAUUCAAAGGUCUGAAGCUCUUAUGGUUCUUAUAGACUCCUUUUUAACGAAUUUAUUUCAUGUAGCAACAGAUGAAGACCCAGAAGUACGGAAAAACGUGUGUAGAGCUCUAGUAAUGUUGUUGGAGGUGCGAAUGGAUAGAUUGAUUCCUCAUAUGCAUAAUAUAAUAGAAUACAUGCUGCUGCGUACUCAAGAUCCUGAUGAAGGUGUUGCAUUGGAAGCUUGUGAAUUUUGGCUUACGUUUGCCGAACAACCAAUAUGCAGAGACGUUUUAGGUUCUCAUUUGAACCGAUUAGUUCCCAUACUAAUUCGUGGUAUGAGAUAUUCUGACAUUGAUAUCAUUCUUUUAAAGGGUGAUGUGGAGGAAGAUGAAAGUGUACCUGACAGAGAAGAAGAUAUACGUCCUAGAUUUCAUAAAUCUAAAACACAUACAAUUAAAGCUACUCCUGCAGCCGGUAAUGUUAAUUCUGCUGAGAAUGGGUCCGCUGAGCAGGGAGAUGAUGACGAGGAUUAUGAAGAUGGAGAUGAUGACAGUUCAUUAUCAGACUGGAAUUUAAGAAAAUGUAGUGCAGCCGCAUUAGAUUGUCUCGCUAACGUCUUUAGAGAAGACUUACUGCCUAUUUUGUUACCUAUUCUCAAAGAAGCGCUGUUUCAUCAAGAUUGGUUUAUAAAAGAAUCAGGAAUUCUUGCAUUAGGGGCUAUAGCUGAAGGAUGUAUGCCAGGAAUGGUAGACCACUUACCAGAAAUAAUACCAUAUUUAAUCGAUCGUCUAAACGACAAAAAAGCCUUAGUUAGAGCAAUAACGUGUUGGACCCUCAGUAGAUAUUCCCAUUGGGUUGUAUCACAACCUCACGAGGCAUAUCUCAAACGCCUCAUGACUGAAUUGCUCGAAAGAAUUCUUGACAGUAAUAAGAGAGUUCAAGAGGCAGCGUGUUCAGCCUUUGCCACCCUUGAAGAAGAAGCUUGCACUGAAUUGGUUCCUUAUUUGGGUUAUAUAUUGGAAACUUUAGUUUUCGCCUUUUCGAAAUAUCAACAUAAAAAUCUUCUAAUCUUAUAUGACGCUAUUGGUACUUUGGCAGAUUCUGUAGGGCAUCAUCUAAACAAACCAGAAUAUAUAAAUCUUCUCAUGCCACCUCUCAUAAAUAAGUGGAACGUUCUUAAAGACGAAGACAAAGAUUUAUUUCCACUUCUUGAGUGCCUUUCAAGUGUUGCCACUGCCUUGCAGUCAGGAUUUCUUCCCUAUUGUGAACCUGUAUAUCGACGAUGCGUGUCCCUAAUACAACAGACUUUAUAUCAACAUUUGGCUAAUACGCAAAAUCCAGAUCAAUAUGAGGCCCCUGACAAAGACUUUGUUAUAGUUGCAUUAGACCUGCUUUCUGGUCUGGCAGAAGGUUUGAAUGGUCAUAUUGAAAAACUGGUCGUUAAUUCAAAUAUAAUGGAACUGUUGCAUCAUUGUAUGCAGGAUCCAAUGCCGGAAGUUCGGCAGUCAUCUUUUGCUCUUCUUGGUGACCUUACCAAAGCUUGUUUCCAACAUGUACGCCCUUGCAUACCGGAUUUCCUUCCCAUCCUCGGACGAAAUCUCAAUCCGGAAUAUAUUUCCGUCUGCAAUAAUGCCACCUGGGCCAUUGGAGAAAUAAGCAUAAAGCUAGGUGCGGAUACGUCACUGUAUAUACCUAUAGUGCUAACUCAGUUAAUUGAAAUUAUCAACAGGCCAAAUACACCAAAAACAUUAUUGGAAAAUACUGGUAUAUGUAUUUUGCAACGUUUGUAAUGUUGUUUAUUUCAUAUUAAGAAAGCGCUUGAUAUUAUUUUACAAGGACUUGUAUAAAUAUCACAUUGUUUGAAAAAGUUAUUUAUACGGAAUCCUUGUUAUUGGCUAU